AUGGCCUCGCUCAGUGUCCUCACGUUCGAUCCAGAGGGACGCCCGAUAGAGUUCGAUUCGUGGCUCGACGACCUACAGCUGUUCUUACUGAGCGAUUCCGAGGACAGAGUCUCACUGUUUGACCUCGCGUCUGGCGCCUCUCUCGCCCCUGCCGCCACAGCUGACAAUACGACUCGCUCACAGUGGCUUACUCUCACUCGUUACUCCUCCCCGGCCACUGCUGCUCUAGGCCGUCUUCUCCUGCCCUACCUGUCCCUAGAGCUGUCCGUCUUUGCCACAGUAGCUGACUUCGUCACUCACCUUUAUACUAUUGACACUCGCUACCGCACUGCGCUUCCCGUCGAGUUUCUCACUAAGAACCCUCCUCCCAUGUACAUCACUCUCUACUUCAUAGUCACCCGCCUCCUUGACUCUCUUAGUGCUGUCAGGGACCUCCUUCUAGCUGUUGACCCCACCACCGUCAGUGUCGACCUGCUCGAGAAGCACCUCCUUGCAGUUGAGACUAGCAUAGUCGCUGUAGGCGCUUCUCGUGGCACUCCUCGCACCCCCUUCUUUGAGGGGUGUUCACCCUCCCCCCUUCUCCCCUCAGUCGCCUCUGCUGCAGCUGUUGACUACCUUUGUGCUGAGGAGGUAGGAGCUGCGUCUGCCCCUAGUGGGAGGCGCCGCAGCGGAAGGGGCAGGGGAGGGAGGGGCGGUGGGGCCGGCAAAGGUGGAGGCGGUGGUGGGGGCGGUGGAGGGGGCGGCGGUGGCGGAGGGAGUGGUGGUGGGGGUGGAGGUGUAGGUGGCGGCAGUGGUGGCGGCAGUGGUGGUAGUGGCGGAGACAGUGGUGGCGGCAGUGGGAGCGGAGGCGGUUCCAGUGGUGGCGGGCGGGGUGAUACGAGUCAGAGGGGAGGCCUGGGCGGGGGUCAGAGGCAGCAGGAGCGUCAGCUUUCGCCCCAGGAGCUACGUGAGUGGUUUGCUCAGCGUGGGGCGGCUGGGGGUAGUGGUCCCUGCCCUGCAGAGGGUGACUGUUACCUAUGUAUGCUGCCAGACCCAGGUAUUGAGGCUGCUGCUCUAGGUGCUAGUGAGUCUACUGCUCUAGAUUCUGGUGAGUCUGCUCUCUCUGAUACUGCGUCUGCUUUGACCUUGCACACCUUCAUACUUAACUUAGUUCUUGCAGUUCCUCCACUGUUCUGCCUUGUCCGGCGGUUCCGUCUGGCUCACUGUCAGGUCUCCACCUCCCCUCGUUCUAUACGAACAUGGUGA